UGCAUCAAAAUAAACAUAAGCAUGGACCCUUUCUCUAUAACAGUUUCCUUUUUUCUCCUGGUUAUAACUAUCUUUCUAUGGUAUAGAUGGAGAAUUAAUAAACUGUCUUUAUUUACUAAACUUGGAAUACCUGGUCCUAAACCAAGUUUUUGGACAGGUAAUUUAAAGGAGAUAAUUGAGAAGGGCAUCAAUUGCGAAAGCGAAUGGAUUGAAAAAUAUGGAAAAAUAGUUGGUUACUUCUUUGGAACUAGACCAAUUUUACUAAUUGCUGACCCAGAAUUGUUAAAGAUUGUUUUGGUUAAAGACUUUACUAAUUUUAUGAAUAAAGAUGUUUUCGUGCCUUAUGCGGGUGUUUCUACGGAAAAAAUGAAAUAUGCCAUUGGAUUGCAAAAGGAUAAACAAUGGAAAUUCAUUCGUAGCGUUAUUACACCUUCAUUUAGUAGCGUAAAAUUAAAAAGUAUGAUGCCUAUAUUUAAUGAGUCCAUUGAAGUAUUCUUAGACAAGAUUUCACAAGAAGAAAGCAAAAAGUCAUCUUUCGAUGUAUAUCCUAUGUACAAAAAGAUGGUUUUGGAUAUAAUUACCAAAAAUGCUUUUGGAAUAUCGACAAACGUUCAACUUAAUGAUGAUAAUAUUUACUUGAAAUGUGUUUUGAGAGUCCUCAAUAAUGGAGCUGCUGACAUUCUAAAUUUCGUAUCCUUAUGCUUUCCAGAAACGGAACCGAUACCAUCAUUUUUAAAAAUAACCAUAGACAAAUUUCGUUCAAAGUUAGGUUUACCGUCUGUAACUAUGUUGGUUAAUAUUUGCGAAACAGUGAUCAAGAAGAGAAAAUCGGAUCCUCAGUCUCGACGUCCCGAUUUACUUCAAAGUUUAAUCGAUUCUUCUAUUUCUAAAGAAGAAUUGUCAAAUACCAAAAUAGAAGAAUUAGAAGCGAGUGAUGAUUCUAAGGAGAAACACUCUACAACAGAUAAAAACAAGUCGAGUAAAAAUCUUCAAUUUUUGACAAAAGAAGAAAUUACAGCUAAUGCAAUGGUAUUUAUAAUAGCAGGUUAUGAUACUACAAGUAGUUUGUUGGCUUUUACAACUCAUUUUCUUGUUAAUAAUCAAAAUAUUCAAGAUAAAGUGAGGAAAGAGAUAAUGGAUAACGUAGACUGUGAAAAACAACUAACAAUUGAAAAUUUAUCAAAACUUACCUAUUUAGAUCAAGUAUGUUCAGAGACAUUGAGAUUAUUUCCUCCCUUAACCAGUUUUAUUAAUAGAAUCACAAGUAAGCAAUUUUAUUACAAAAAUAUAAAAAUACCAGAGGGUUUAACAUUACAAGCACCACUCUGGCAAAUGCAAAGGAAUACAGAAUAUUGGGACAACCCAGAAAUUUUUGAUCCGGAAAGAUUUUCUCCUGAAAAUAAAUCUAAAAUAAACCAAAUGAUGUACCAACCUUUUGGAAUGGGACCAAGAAACUGUAUUGGAAUAAGAAUGGCUAAAACAAUUGUAAAAUUGGCAUUAUCUCAUCUUCUGUAUAAAUACAAGUUAUUACCAUCUGAAGAAACAGAUUCUGAACUCAACAUUGAUCCAAAAUUAUUUGUUAAUUAUCCAAAAAAUGGAAUGAAAGUAAUGGCUGUUUCCUGUUGAAACUAUAUAUAUAUCAUAUCAUAUCAUAAGAAGAAAUUAUUAUUUGUCAACAAUCAGAUUAAUAUCAAAUAUUUUUAAUA